UGACCCAAAUCGGACAAUCCGAAGCAUGUUAAAUAAAGUCCUGAAGUUCAUAUAAAAAUAAUGGAUUUCUUGUUCACCAACCCAAUAUAUGCUUGCAUAUGAAAUUAAGUCCGAAGUGGAUCGGGUCUUGAUAUAUAUAACGUUGUACAUAACUGAAUGCUUAAAGAAGCUGCAAAGGUGUGCCAAUAAGAAUCAAGGUCAACAAGAAAUGUAUAGUUUAGCAAUAUCGAAAUUCGAUAUCCCUGGUGAAGCUGGAUUUCCCUUAAAUGCAUUCGUAAAGAAACAAACUCUUUAUCGAUACAAAUGAUCAGCCUGCAAAUUG